CAUACAUUUUCAAUCAAUCAGUACGUACGCUGAGUUGAUAAGAGGCCCCCGUUCGCUACUGCCUUUGUUUUGUUUUGUUUUGAUUUUUCCUCUUCCGUCUGUCCACAUACUUCAUGCGCAUCUUGUGUAGAUUUGUUCCAGCCAGCAAACAAACACUUACCCCACUUGUAGGGCUUAGAAGCUUUACAACAACAAAUCGAACAACCGGUCGGUACAGAGUACCAAGGUCAAAGCACGUUCAGCCUGGCAUGGCGACGGCUACUACGCUAAAGGGCCAGCCCCUCGAUCGCCCAGUUCUCGAUUCGCUGCUCCGUCGGCGCAUGUUCUACACCCCCUCCUUCGAUCUAUACGGCGGUGUUGCUGGCCUCUACGAUUAUGGCCCACCAGGCUGCGCGCUGCUUACCAACAUGAUCGAGCUAUGGCGAAAGCACUUCGUGUUGGAGGAGGAUAUGAUGGAGCUGGAUUGCACGGCACUUACUCCCCACGAGGUUCUCAAGACAUCCGGCCACGUUGACAAGUUCUCCGACUGGAUGUGCAAGGAUCCAAAGAACGGCGAGAUUAUCCGCGCCGACCACUUCGUCGAGGAGAUCCUAAACCAGAGAUUAAAGGGCAACCUAGAAGCGAGAGGCCAGCAGAUCGAAGAGAAGGAGGUAGAUCCUUCGAAGAAGAAGCGCAAGGUCAAGGAGACUAAGGCCAUCAAACUUGAUGAUGCCGUUAUUCAGGAGUACGAGGAGAUCUUGGCAAAGAUUGACAACUACGAUGGCGAGGAACUCGGCGAGCUCAUUAUUAGAUACGAGAUGAAGAACCCUAAUACCGGCGUUAUGCCCGAGCCACCAGUGGCAUUCAACCUCAUGUUCCAGACCAGCAUCGGCCCCAGCUCUAAUGCCCCUGGCUUCCUCCGCCCAGAAACUGCGCAGGGCCAGUUCCUCAACUUCGCCAAGCUCCUCGAGUUCAACCAGCAGCAGAUGCCCUUUGCUUCUGCGUCCAUCGGCAAAUCGUUCAGAAACGAGAUAUCCCCACGCGCUGGUCUGCUCCGUGUCCGCGAGUUCCUGAUGGCUGAAAUCGAGCAUUACGUCGAUCCUCUCGGCGGCAAGAAGCAUUCUCGUUUCGCCGAAGUUAAGGGUGUUGAGCUUGUCCUUCUCAACAGGAACACCCAAUUGUCUGGCAAGACUAAUGUCGAGACUGUGGCUAUUGGCAAGGCCGUCGCUGAUGGCAUCGUCGACAACGAGACUCUCGGUUACUUCUUGGCCCGUGUCCAGCUUUUCUUGAAGAAGCUUGGCGUUGACCAAACGAAAAUCAGGUUCCGCCAGCACAUGGCGAAUGAGAUGGCGCAUUAUGCGACCGACUGCUGGGAUGCCGAGCUGCUCACCAGCUACGGCUGGGUGGAGUGUGUAGGCUGCGCUGAUAGAAGCGCAUACGAUCUCACUGUCCACUCCAAGAAGACUGGUAUUCCUCUAGUCGUGCGUGAAACUCGUGCCGAGCCCCUCGUUAUCGAGGAGUUCGCUGCCGAGGUUGACAAGAAAAAGUUUGGCCCCUUCUUCAAGAAGGACGGCAAGGCCGUCGAGGCCGCCAUUGCCGCCACUACGCAAGAACAGCGCGAGUCACUGGCCAAGGAUCUUAUCCAGAACGGCAAGAUCGCCAUUGAAGUACCAGGUGUCGGCAGCGGCACCGUCGAGAUCUCAAAGGAUCUCUUGGUCAUCGAGAAGCGCACCCGCACCGAGCACACAAGAGAGUACACGCCCAAUGUCAUCGAGCCUUCCUUCGGUAUUGGACGCAUCCUUUACUCCCUGCUCGAACACAACUACUGGACCCGCGCCACCGAGGGCAACGACGAGUCCCGCGGUGUUCUCUCAUUCCCACCUCCCAUCGCGCCCACCAAGGUCCUCCUCGUGCCCCUCUCCGGCCACGAGUCCUUCAAGCCGAUCAUCAAGCACCUUUCGCACAAGCUUCGCGCCAUGGGCAUCUCCAACCGCAUCGACGACUCGUCGGCGUCCAUCGGGCGACGCUACAGCCGCAACGACGAGCUCGGCACCCCGCUGGGCAUCACAGUUGAUUUCCAGAGCGUGCAGGAUAAGACGUUCACGCUGAGGGAUCGUGACUCGACGAAGCAGGUUAGGGCGGACGAGGCAACGAUUAUCAAGGCGAUUCAGGAGGUGGUCAAUGGCGAGAAGGAGUGGAAGGAUGUGGAGAAGGAGCUGCCUGCCUUUGAGGGUCAGGAUGCCGAGGUGGCUAUUCCUGUCCGAAUCAAAAGUCAGCUCUUGGUAUUCAAUAUGCAUUCUUGUGAAUGAUUUGUCUUGGAACGGACUGGGUGGUUCAGAUACGAGCCAGUAGAGUUUGUUUACUAGCGGCCGCUGUCAUCUUUAUAGUAGCGGGGUUUCAAGUUUAAACAGGUCAUAUAAAUGAACUUUCAGAACUGGAGUGGACAAACCUCAACUAUCUACUCGUGAUCUCGCGACGCCGAUACUGACCGUGUAACUCAUUACCCCACGACCACCACCCGCUGCACAGUUUUCCGACUAGGCAUCGCACGUGUUUUUAAAAUAGCAAGGGCGCCUUUCGGCGGUGACACAAGCCGAGAAACCCGUUUCGGUUGGGUGUCGCUUGCUCCCUUGUGGAUACACUGCAGCCAGCCGCCCACUCUUGCCAGGGGGAAGAGGGGAGGGGAGGGGAGGGGAGGGGAGGGAUGAAGGAGGGAGGUUUGCGCAUGGUGAAACCGUUAAAGGGUCCAUCUCGGCUGGACGAUGGGUCCUCUCCGCGUCCAACCCCCAGCAGGCAGGUACUCCGCCGUGCGCGGUGCGGUGCGGGACCAUACGAAGUGGUUGAUAUGGGAUGCUCAAUCAGGGAUGCCGCCACAUACUGCCCUCGGCGGGUCGGUGGAGAGGAGCUUGGGGGGCUGUGUGGGAGAUUCUGGGGUUGUACUCUCCUGUCAAAGAUACUGUAGUUUAGAUCUGAAGUGGAGAAGAGGCCAAUCAAAUGA